CUCUCUCACCAGACCCUCCUCCGCCUCGCGUCCUCGUGCCCUCCGCCGCCGCAGCAGCCUCGAGGCCUCCGCCCCCCGCGGCCAAGGCUCCGGACGCUUCUAGAACAUUCCGCCUCCGCCGCAAUGCAGAGCGCGGCGGCCAUCGGGCUCCUCCGGCCAUGCGCCGCGCGGCCCUUCCUAAAGAACCCUAGCCCCGGGGGCGCCCGCCUCCCGGCCUCCCGCAGCGCCCUCCGCCUCUCCGCCGUCGCGCCCCGCGCUGGCAUCGCGGCAGCGGCAGGGCUGGGCCGCAUCAGGCUCGUGCCGCUGUCGCCGGAGCAGGAGGAGCGGAGCGGAAGGUGCAGCCGCGACGUGGCUGCUGCGGCGGCUUCCGGGAAGGCGGCGGCGGGUGAGGAGUCCGGAGAAGAAGGCGGAGCAGCGCUCGCCAAGACCCUCCAGCUCGGCGUGUUCUUCGGACUCUGGUACCUCUUCAACAUCUACUUCAACAUCUACAACAAGCAGGUCCUCAAGGUGUUUCCAUAUCCCAUUAACAUCACAACAGUUCAGUUUGCUGUUGGAACUGUCAUUUCCUUGUUCUUGUGGAUCACUGGUAUCCUUAAGAGACCAAAAAUUUCUGGUGCACAGCUUGUUGCUAUUCUCCCUCUGGCUAUUGUCCAUACCAUGGGCAAUCUUUUCACAAACAUGAGCCUUGGAAAGGUUGCAGUGUCAUUUACACAUACGAUCAAGGCCAUGGAGCCUUUCUUCUCCGUACUCCUGUCAGCAAUGUUCCUUGGCGAGCUGCCUACUCCAUGGGUUGUUUUGUCUCUUCUUCCAAUUGUUGGUGGUGUGGCAUUGGCAUCUAUUUCUGAAGCUUCUUUUAACUGGGCUGGAUUUUUGAGUGCGAUGGCCUCAAAUGUGACCUUCCAGUCAAGGAAUGUGCUCAGCAAGAAGCUUAUGCUGAAGAAAGAGGCAUCUCUGGACAACAUUAAUCUCUUCUCGAUUAUUACAGUCAUGUCAUUCUUUCUCUUGGCCCCAGUAACCUUACUCACAGAAGGUGUCAAGGUCACUCCUACGUUUCUGCAGUCUGCUGGUCUGAACUUGCAGCAAGUAUACACUAGGUCUUUGAUUGCUGCAUUCUGUUUCCAUGCCUACCAACAGGUGUCAUACAUGAUCCUCGCAAGAGUGUCCCCAGUUACCCAUUCAGUGGGCAACUGCGUCAAGCGUGUGGUGGUCAUUGUUACAUCCGUUCUGUUCUUCAAGACCCCUGUGUCUCCAAUAAACUCUAUCGGAACCGCCAUUGCCCUUGCGGGAGUUUUCCUGUACUCACAACUGAAGAGACUUCAGCCCAAACCCAAGGCAGCUUGAUUGCAUCAUGUUGUUCAUUGGGGCAAAUUGUGGAAGGUGCAUCGCCACACCCUUGGAAUCAGUUCUUAGUGUAGGCAGUUGUUUCUGGAAGCCUUGUUGAGUAUUAGUAUCGCAGGAUAAUUUGUAAUUCAGUUAUGAGCAUGUUUAACCAGGCAAGUUUUGGAGUCUCUUUCCCCAUUCUGUACUUUGACGGUCUAGUUGCUACAUAAUAAAAUAGCUGCAUUUCGAGUUCCUGAUGACAUCCAUAAGUGCUCAUUGGUGUCCUCAUUUCUUCUAUUUUCGUGAACACAGUUGAGUAAAGUUACACUACUUGAUACUUUGAUAGCACUGAGAAAUAU